AUGGUGGAAACGUUGGAGAAACCAAGUAUGUUGUCCUGCCUUGAUGCUAUGAAUCAUGAUCAUGAAGAGAUUGAGACGGACGACAGGGACUUCCUGCGAUACUCUGGAGCAAAGUUUAUUCUGAGAAUGAAAUAUGGCCUCUGUUUUAGCCAACAGGCUUGUGAUGAAAUGAUAUCUGGGGUUACAGAGUUGUUUAGUGGUAUUGUGUCUCACUUGCACCAGUCUGUAAAAAACAUUUGUAGUACUGCUGAAGACAGAGGCAAUUUGCUAGACUGCAUUGAUGAUCUUUUUCGUGUUGAGUCAAACUUCAAUCCAUUCCUUGGAUUGUCUAGCAGGCACCACCAGCUGACCUACUUCAAAGAGAAAUUUAAUCUAUUAGAACCAACAGAAAGGAAGCUUGGACAGAGCGUUGUUCGAAAAUAUCAGAAUUGUUCAUCUAAGUUGGUACCCCAAGGUGAUUACUGUUAUGAUGUUGAUUUGCUAAAGUCAGUUGAAGCAUUGCUACAAAUUGAUUCGGUGAUAGAACAGAUUGAGAAUCCUCAUUAUUGUCAAGUCUUGACCAUCAAGCUUUGCAAAUCGUACUUUAUGACGACCUGGAAAUUUGCAACCCUUUGGGUCCUAGCGUCAAGAAACACAAACUUGGAGCAUUUUACUACACUCUUGGAAUUUUACGACCUAGAAAUUGUUCUUUAUUGAUACUAUCCAGUUGUUGGCUCUUGCAAAAACAUCUGUCAUUCAGCAGCAUUGGAUUGAUGUAAUACUGGAGCCAUUUAUGACAUCUAUUAAACAACUUGAAGAGAACUUCUACAGCAGAGAUAUUGGGUACAGUGUACAAGAGACUGAGCUGUGUAUUGAUUGGCUAUUAUUGCGAUUUACCUUUAUUUGGACAAGUACAAGAUAUUGUAAUGAUUGAGAAUUCACGCAUACAACUUGUGGUUCAAGUCCUGAGUACUUGUUGUUUCAAUGAUCACUACUACAGUUAUGAAGUUGCAGCAAUAUCCCAUCUCCAAUAAAGAGUAAUUUUACCGACUGAGCUCAAGGAUUUUCAGGCUCUACAUAUUCGACAAGUAGCAUCAGAACUGAGUACUGUUAAUCUAAUAACGCCAAAAUAUAACAUAGAUUUAUGAAUACAGAGACAGUCUACGCAUCGUUUGUUAUUCAGUAGAGUAAAUUUGCUAUUUUGACUUCAGUUUGUGUCAGAUAAAAUUUAGAGAUGGCCUUAUUUCUCAUCUUGCCGUACACAUUGUGGCUAAAUUUUGCAAAAAGCAAUAUUGUUCAUAUCUAACCACUUCACUCAUGACCAUGCCAAAUGAAAAUAUAGCAGAUGAUUCUGACUGUUUCAUUUUACCCUUAACAACUUCCGGAGCAA